AUGGCCUUCACAGACCUGCUGGACGCCCUAGGUGGCGUGGGCCGUUUCCAGUUCAUCUACACCGUCCUGCUGCUCCUGCCCUGUGGCCUGCUGGCCUGCCACAAUUUCCUGCAGAACUUCACGGCUGCUGUGCCCCGCCACCACUGCCGGGGACCCACCAACCACUCUGAGGCCACCACCAAUGACUCAGGGGCCUGGCUGAGGGCCAUUGUACCCCUGGACCAUCUGGGGGCCCCUGAGCCAUGCCAGCGCUUCACCGAGCCUCAGUGGGCCCUCCUGAACUCCAACACCUCCGUGCACAGGACAGCCACAGAGAGCUGCAAGGACGGCUGGGUCUAUGACCACAGCAUUUUCCCUUCCACCAUCGUGAUGGAGUGGGAUCUGGUUUGUGAGGCCCGUACCCUCCGUGACCUCGCCCAGUCCAUCUACAUGGCUGGAGUCCUGGUGGGAGCUGCCGUGUUUGGUUGCCUGGCAGACAGGCUGGGCCGCAAGGGCCCGCUCAUCUGGUCGUACCUACAGCUGGCGGUUUCGGGGUCCGCCACAGCAUACUUUGGCUCCUUCAGUGCCUACUGCGCCUUCCGGUUCCUGAUGGGCAUGACCUUCUCUGGCAUCAUCCUCAACUCCCUCUCAUUGGUGGUAGAGUGGAUGCCCACCCGGGGCAGGACCGUGGCAGGUGUCUUGCUGGGGUACUCCUUCACCAUGGGCCAGAUCAUCCUGGCCGGGAUGGCCUACCUGAUUCGCCCCUGGCGGUGGCUGCAAUUUGCUGUCUCUGCCCCUUUCCUGAUCUUUUUCCUCUAUUCCUGGUGGCUUCCAGAGUCAUCCCGCUGGCUCCUCCUUCACGGCAAGUCCCAGUUAGCUAUGCAGAACCUGCGCAAGGUGGCUGCCCUGAACGGGAGAAAGGAGGAAGGGGAAAGGCUGACCAAGGAGGUGGUGAGCUCCUACAUCCAGAGCGAGUUUGCAAGCGUCCGCACCUCCAACUCGAUCCUGGACCUUUUUCGAACCCCAGCCAUCCGCAGGGUCACGUGCUGUCUCAUGGUGGUCUGGUUCUCUAACUCCGUGGCUUACUACGGCCUGGCCAUGGACCUGCAGAAGUUUGGGUUCAGCAUAUACCUGGUGCAGGCUCUGUUUGGGAUCAUUGACAUCCCAGCCAUGCUGGUGGCCACCACCACCAUGAUUUACGUGGGCCGCCGGGCCACUGUGGCCUCCUUCCUCAUCCUGGCCGGGCUCAUGGUCAUCGCCAACCUGUUUGUGCCAGAAGACAUGCAGACCCUGCGCACAGCCCAGGCGGCCCUGGGCAAAGGCUGCCUGGCCAGCUCCUUCAUCUGCGUGUACCUGUUCACAGGAGAGCUGUACCCCACAGAGAUCAGGCAGAUGGGGAUGGGUUUCACCUCGGUCAACGCCCGCCUUGGAGGCCUAGCAGCACCCCUGGUCACCACACUCGGGGAGUUCAGCACCAUCCUGCCACCAGUGAGCUUUGGGGCCACCUCCAUCCUGGCUGGGCUGGCUGUCUGCUCCCUGAUGGAGACCCGCAACAUGCCCCUGGUAGAGACCAUCGCGGCAAUGGAGAGGAGAGCCAAAAAAGGCCCUUCCAAGAAGGAUGCAGAACAGAAGAGUGAAGAAAUUUCUCUUCAGCAGGUGGGAGCUUCUCCCCUCAGAGAAACCAUUUAAACUUCCAAGA